AUGAUUGCUUGGGGCAAUAAACUGAAGAACCAGUUGUUCCGCCUGAACUGGGCCUGGAUCUCUCUGGAGAAGGAGUAUUACGUGGUGGAUGAGCAGACCAAGUUUCUGGAGGUGGUUCUGAAGCGCAGGGGAUACCUUGGGGAGACGUCGUUUGUCAGUAUUGGCACAAAGGAUGGCACAGCUGAAAAAGAUAAAGAUUUCAGGGGGAAGUCUCAGAAGCAGGUGCAGUUCAACCCAGGCCAGACCACGGCGACGUGGAGAGUACGAAUCCUGACUGACAGUGAGUUUGAGCAGUCGGAGACCUUCCAGAUUGUUCUAUCUGAGCCAGUGAUGGCUGCCCUUGAAUUCCCAGAGACUGCCACAGUGGAGAUCCUUGACCCAGCUGACGAGUCCACAGUCUUUAUCCCACAGUCGACAUAUUCCAUAGAAGAAGACAUUGGUGAGCUGAUGAUCCCAGUCAGGAGAAGUGGGGACGUAAGCCAGGAGCUGAUGGUCAUCUGCUUCACUCAACAUGGCACAGCCACGGGCACCAUUCCCACCACCGUGCUGUCUUACUCGGACUACAUUUCCCGCCUUGAGGACCACAACAGCGUGCUGCGUUUCGACAAAGGCGAGACGGAGAAGUUGUGCCGAGUGGUCAUCAUCGACGAUUCGCUGUACGAGGAGGAGGAGACUUUUAACGUGACCCUGAGCAUGCCCAUGGGAGGACGUAUCGGCAGCGAGUAUCCAUCCACUCAGAUCACGAUCGUGCAGGACACAGAUGACAUACCUGUUUUCUACUUCGGACAUACUGAAUACCAUGUUGAUGAGAGUGAUGGCUACGUGGAAGUCCGUGUGUGGAGGACUGGGACAGACCUCUCCAGGACGGCUACUGUCACAGUGCGAUCCCGGAAAACUGAUCCAGUGUCUGCUGAAGCUGGCAUAGAUUAUGUGGGUAUCAGCCAUAACUUAGACUUUGCCCCUGGAGUGAACAUGCAGACUUUCCGUGUGAUUAUUCUGGACGACUUGGGCCAGCCGGUCCUGGAGGGACCAGAGCAUUUUGAACUUGUUCUGCGGAUGCCCAUGAACGGCAUUGUGGGAGAGCCAGGAAAAGUCACAGUGAUCAUCAAUGACUCUGUCUCAGACUGUAAGUGGAUCACCUGGUAUGCAUUUUUCUACUAAAGUGGAACUCCUGAUGUAA